AUGGCUACGAAGUUUCUCUUUAAUUUCAUCUACAUAUUUGGGGCGGCAACGUUAACGGUCCCUCCUUCUCAGGCGAAUCAUUCUGCUGGUUUGUCUAGAGACUUACCUAGUAUUACGUCUCUAGUCUUCUCACCGCCGUCGGCAAACAAGUCUGCAAUUUCUUUGGCAGAUCCGCCGUCGGUGGAGAUCUCGUUCUCCUUGCCUCUCAUACAUCAAACAUCACCCCUAUCGCCGUUCUAUAAUCCCAAUGUAAGUGAGGGAGAAAUAUUUCGAGAGAACUUGAGAAUAAGUAGGGAACGAGCGCAGUACAUGUACCUCAAACGAGCGCCGGGAACAUCACUCUUCCAAAUCCCGGUAAGUCAUGAUUUUGUCAUCCUAUACUCCAUUGGGACUCCUCCGGUUGAAACCUACGGUGUUCCUGACACGGGUAGUGACUUGGUAUGGUUACAAUGCGAACCAUGUCAAACUUGCUAUGACCAAACCACAACACGUUUCGACUCGCGAGAAUCGUCAACAUACGAGGUAGUUGAAUGCGAUUCUAGUCUAUGUUCGGGUUUCAAAAAUAAGAUGACUUGUGACGACGACGGCUAUUGCGCGUACGGGGUGCGUUAUGUUGACGGAUCUUAUAGUCGCGGCAACAUUGCCGAAGAGAUAAUAACAGUGGCCAGUCAGCAUUCUACACGUCGUAUUGCUCUACUGAUCGGCUGCGGAUUUAGUAACAUGAUGAAAUCGGGGAAAAAAUAUCCAAGUGUGGUUGGAUUACAAAACUCCGAACGUUCACUCAUUGGACAAAUACGAUCUCCAGCCUUUUCAUUUUGUCACGACAACAAGAAUAAUGGCUCAUUUCAAGUAGGAAGGUUUACUGCACGACUGUGGGGAAAGUCAACGUCACUUGUCCCAAACUAUGAAGGUAUGUAUCUUGUCAGACUUGAGGACAUCAUGGUUAACGACGAGGGCUUGAACAUGCCUUACUACGUAUUUGAACAUGUUACCGGCAAUCCGGGUGACGAGACGAGCGGGGUAGUGAUCGACUCGGGAGCAGGAGUUACUCAUCUACACCCCACGGCAUUCGAUGCGCUGCUCGCUAAAAUCAGUGCACAUAUGGAGAAGAAGGGCAAGAGCAUGUCCUACAUAUGGGGUUUGUAUUGUUGGGAUAAUCCUGGGGGAGUUGGCGAUCCUUCAUUGCCAACCAUAUCGUUUAUAUUUCUUGAUAUUAAGCUUAGACUUGGUCGCAAUGCGUGGCGUCAAGAAGGACGAUAUACUUGUUUGAUGAUUGCUCGAUUUCCGCGGCGUUUUACCAUUAUCGGCCGUUACCAACUAAGGAACAUUAACGUCGGGUUUGAUUUGAAGAAUAUGAAACUCUGGCUUGAGGUCCAGUCUGAGUGUGUUCCCUAG